AUGUCUCAACCAGAGACGUUGUCCCUCUCCUCCAUCUGCGCGCUGAUCAACCCCAGCAGCGUUUAUCUCGUUGGCUAUGCCUGGGUCCUUGGCAUGUCCAUCUGGAUUACGUUCUUCUCGGGCACCAUUGCCUUCAGAGCUUUGCCUAGGUACCAGUUCGGGGCACUUCAGCGCCGUAUUUUCCCGGUUUACUUCGCCCAAGGCUUCAUCCUACCCGCUGGACUUCUAGUUCUCUGGGUUCGUGCUCACCCCACAGUUCUGGCGCACCUCUUCAGCCCGGCAGUCGCAGAUGUAGCGCAAGCAUACAGUCUGGCGUCAGGCCUCCUCAUGCAGGCAGCCAAUCACUAUAUCGUGGGACCACUCACGACAAGGGCCGCGUAUGCGAGGUAUAAGCAAGAGAAAACCGAGGGCAAGAUGUACGAUGAGCAAGGAAUAUCAGAUGAAAUGAAGGCGCUGAAUGCCCGGUUCAACUUGCUUCACGCCAUCAGUGUGGGGCUCAAUCUUACUGCUGUCGCUGCCCUCGUCUUCCACGGCCUUUGGAUCGGUAACACCGGCACUGGUGUGUAG